AUGAAGUGUUUCAAGUAUUUCUUCCUUGCUGCACUUAUUACCAUUUUUGAGCACUGUAGAGCCCAGACCUGUGUGGUAGAUAAUUUUAAAGUGAAGGAUGACUUUGAGUUGACAAGGUAUGCAGGGAAAUGGUACGCUGUCGGGAAAAAGGACCCUGAAGGCCUGUUUCUGCAAGAUAACAUCUCUGCUGAAUACACAAUAGAUGAGGACGGUACAAUGACGGCAUCAUCCAAAGGCAGAGUUAAACUUUUUGGGUUCUGGCUGAUUUGUGCAGACAUGGCUGCUCAGUACUCGGUACCAGACCCAACUAUACCAGCUAAAAUGUACAUGACUUACCAAGGUUUGGCUAGCUACUUAUCCAGUGGAGGAGACAACUACUGGGUCAUUGACACUGACUAUGAUAACUAUGCAAUCACUUAUGCUUGCCGUACUCUUCAUGAAGAUGGAACAUGUAAUGAUGGCUAUUCCAUCAUAUUCUCACGCAAUCCACGUGGAUUUUCUCCAGCUAUUACAAGGGUUGUACGCCAAAAACAGGAGGAAAUCUGCAUGGCUGGACAGUUUCAGGCAGUCCUUCAAUCAGGUAUGCUAAUAAUUUCAUAUUCUGCAAAACUUGUGUGCACACCCGCCUGUCCAACAGAAGCUGGCUGA